AUGCCUAUUUGUAUAGAAUGCCGAUUCCCGGUCAAGACCUUGUACACCGAGUACUCCGGUGCAGAUGACAAGUCUAGCGGCCAUGGAGUGCGCCUUACAGUAUGCAAGAACUGCGGACGCUUUUGCGACAAAUAUGUAGAACAUGACAAUGUGGUACUUUUCAUAGAUCUAGUUCUAAUCAAGCCGCAAGUAUACCGGCAUUUACUGCACAAUACUUUGAUGCGCGAACAUGAUCAAUUCGACCCUUCCAUAAUACGUCUUGGUAUCCUUCUCCUGCUCUUCGACGUUUACCUGACCUGGGCGCGAAUUGAGAAGCAGACAUCAUCUACCCCUCCAACAACCGACAACAACUUCCUCCGCCUAGCCCAACAACCCAUAGUGUUUCAAUAUGUCUUCUUCCUUAUCCUAUGCGCCCUGUCUACACUAGCAUUCCACAUGUCAAUUCGCUUCCUUACCUCGUCACCUCUGUCGCCCUUGGUUCUGUUCGGGCUCAUCCCGCGAUACUCGCGACCGAAUUCAGUCAGCACAGCUCUGCUCGUCUCCUCGUCUACGAAGCUGUUCCCAAUACUGAUGGUCAUCUGGGAAUAUGAUGUGCCUGCGGCUGCUAGAUCGUUGGGCUGGGCUGUAGUUGCGAAUAAUGUGGAGGCGUUGAAGAUCUUAUUGGAUUGUGGUUAUGGAACUACGGCGAUACUGGCUACGGUAGGAGCGAUUAGUAGGUGGAUGGUUGGAAGGGGAAUUCUAUGGGUAGUAGGGCUAGAUGGUGUCGAUACGGUGGGUGACUCAGGAGUAGCUGCUGAUGGGAAAGCGCUAUGGGCUGUGAUUGAGCUGGGGAGGGAAUGGGGUGGUAGAUUGGGACUUGGGUAG